UAUAAAAUCCUUCAGAGAGACACAUUUGCUUCCUGUAUGUGUUUAUUUUUGUAUUUAUUUUCUGUUAUGUUUUCCCGCAUCUCCUCCUGUCAGAAGGCUCUCUCAUGAGCAGAAGCAGGAGGGAGCUCAGAGAGGGACGUGAGACAAACGCCUGUGCCUCUCUCUAUACUGCAUGCACGCGUGCAAUGCGUGCUGCAGACUAAAUAAGACACCUCCAGUUUUGGAUUAUCUGUCUGGCGGUGCGCUGACUGCCUCCAGACCUGGAGGCCGCCCUCCUCCUUCUCUUUCUCCUCCCUUUCACACUGAAGGAAGAGUAGAGUAGAGACGGUCUACUGUUUACCUCCUGCAGACUCCAGCCACUCCUGACUUCUGGUCCAGCGACAUGAAUAAGAUGAAGAACUUCAAGAGGCGUUUCUCACUUUCUGUGCCACGAACAGAGACCAUAGAGGAGAACGAAUUUACUGAACAGAUAAACCAGCUCAAAAUCUGCUGCAAUGACGGUGUGGUGCCCAAUAGUCUGGGUUUACACAGCCUUCAGCCCAGUCCAGUGGCUCCAGACAGCCAGGCUCAAUCUCCCACCCAACUGCUGUACCGCAGCAAAGUCCAGCACCGCCGAUUCUCCAUGGAGGAUGUAACUAAGAGGAUGUCUCUGCCCAUGGAUAUUCGUCUCCCGCCGGAGUUUCUCAAGAAGUUACAGAUGGAAAGUCCUCCACCGUGCAAACCGCUUAGCCGCAUGUCCAGAAGAGCCUCACUGUCGGACAUUGGCUUUGGGAAACUGGAGACCUAUGUGAAGUUGGGCAAACUAGGAGAGGGCACAUACGCAACGGUAUUCAAAGGCCGCAGCAAACUCACAGAAAACCUGGUGGCCCUGAAAGAGAUUCGUCUGGAGCAUGAAGAGGGCGCCCCAUGCACGGCCAUACGGGAAGUGUCACUUCUGAAGAACCUGAAACACGCCAACAUCGUAACGCUGCAUGACAUCAUCCACACGGACCGAUGUCUCACCCUUGUCUUUGAGUAUCUGGACAGUGACUUGAAGCAGUACCUCGACAGCUGUGGAAACCUAAUGAGCAUGCACAAUGUGAAGAUCUUUAUGUUCCAGCUUCUUCGUGGUUUAUCAUAUUGUCAUAAGAGGAAGAUUCUCCACCGGGACCUGAAGCCUCAGAAUCUGCUCAUUAAUGACAAGGGAGAACUCAAACUGGCAGACUUUGGUUUGGCCAGAGCAAAAUCAGUCCCAACAAAAACCUAUUCGAAUGAGGUUGUAACCCUGUGGUAUCGACCUCCUGAUGUCCUGCUGGGUUCCACAGAGUACUCAACACCCAUAGACAUGUGGGGCGUGGGCUGUAUCCUGUACGAAAUGGCGACAGGCCGUCCCAUGUUUCCUGGAUCGACUGUCAAAGAGGAACUACACCUGAUAUUUCGCCUCAUGGGCACCCCUUCUGAGGAGACCUGGCCCGGAAGCACAGCUAAUGAGGAAUUCAGAUCCUACCUGUUUCCUCAGUACAGAGCACAAGCGCUCAUUAAUCAUGUGCCCAGGCUUGACACAGAGGGAAUAGAUCUUCUUACCGCUCUAUUGUUGUACGACACCAGGCGCAGGAUUUCGGCCGAGGAGUCUCUGAGACACCCUUACUUCCUGACUCUGGGCGAGAACAUUCACUCCAUACCUGACACCUCGUCUGUGUUUUCACUGAGGGAGAUCCAGCUACAGAAGGAUCUGGGACACAAGAGCUCAGUAUUCCAGCCGCUGGGUCGAGGCAAGAACCGCAGACAAAGCAUAUUCUGAAGACAAGAAUCCAAGUGGUGUGCAUGAAGGGAUCGCCAGAACAAAACCAUUAUGAAGCAAACAGCUUUGUUUCUCCAUUCCAAACGUGCAUGCAUGCAUGCAUCCAUUCACAUUCACACCAAUUUAUUAGUCUGUACUUCAGAAAACAGACUGAACAGAAGUGAAUCAUCCUCAGUCAUGAGCUGGUUACAACUGUAACAAAGGCUCAAUCAAAUCUAUCCUGCAGUCUAUUGCAAACCUUAAAACCACACUGAUACUUAAGCUGAAGACAUUUAGACUUGAGAUCUGCCUCUUCUCUGCCAGGAUCUAGUAGUAUUUUCAGACAUUCCUAGUAUUUUUAAUUGUGCGUUUAUGUGUAUGUGCCAAGAAACAUGGUAGCUUCAUGUCCUACUGUUUUUUUUCCAACGAGUUGAAAUUUCCUUCAUUUCUGUUUGAGGUUUGACUUGUUUUGCCAUACGUGUUUGAUGAGUCAUUGCACAAGCUGAUAUUGCGGUUUAUUUCAUAAGUAUUCAUUCAAUACUGUAAUACAGAGAAGAGUUGACAUAUUAAAAAUGUAAAUUGUCGUAUAAAUAUUUGAGCCAUUGAAUAAAGAAUUACUUGAAUUCUGUCAAGACACCAUUUAAGUUAAACUACUAAAAGUGCUGUAAGCGAUUCUAGAACAGAAUUCUUCUAAACCUCACCCUGUCCACAAAAUGAUUGACAGGCAGAGUUAAAAAAAAAGCUAUAGUUGCUUACAGCAUCUUUAACUAGUUACUAAUUUAUGAAUUCUUCAAAAGGUGCCUUUUGCUGACCGUAAGAGAUGAUGGGGUCCAAUUUUACGCCUUUCGAAAAACCAUCUACUUCAAUCUCCUCAAGGAUCUCGGUCCUUUCAAGUAAUUGUACAUGCAGAUAGUCAUUUUGCCAUUUAAGCUAAUUGCUUCUCCGUAUUUGCACAUGGCAUGCAAGUGUCCUGGACCUGAAACCUCAUGUUGUUCACCUUCUCCUACUGUAUCUUGUAGUUUGAAAAUGAAAGCACUAUGACUCUUUGUUGUAGACGGAAAUGAACACAAGUUAAAACUAAGCACAAACUAGUUUUACAGUGGACAGAAAUAAAAAGCUAGGUUUUAGUUUAAUGUUACUGCAGCAGCGGCACUAAUUUAUGUGUUUUGUGGUAAAUUAAAAUAUUUUAAAUACUCUAUUGAAAAGAAUUAAUAUAUAAAUAUAUGUAUUUUGACAAGUGUUUUCUUUAUUCUCAGUGAACUUUUGCCAGAAAAAAAUAAACCAUUGUAUUAAAUUGACUUAGAUGAUGUCUAAAUGUUUUAUAAAAGAUUUAGAUUUUUGUAUGAAAUGUGACAUAAAAGAUUUUGUGUGAUUUGUCUAUUCUAUUAUGAUAUGAUAUUCUGAUAAGCUGAAUGUAUUGUGACUGCGAAAAUGCCAAAAAUAAUUAAACAAUAAACGAAAUAAACGC